AUGUCCCAUCCCUACUUCGCCCCUCAGUCCGCCGUCGAGCAAAUCAAGCGGCAUCCGAAGUACUACCUCAACGGUGGUGAUGUCCAUUUCUUGGUUGAGAACUAUAUCUACCGUGUACAUCGUUAUUUCUUCGAACGCGAAUCGGCAUGGUUCCGUGAAAAGCUCGGUGCACCCACACCUGCGGGCCAGACUCCCAAGGGCUCGUCGGAUGCCAACCCUUUCCCACUGGAUGAUGUCGCGGCAGACGAUUUCUCCAAGUUUUUAUGGGUAUUCUACAAUCCGAAAUACUCAAUAUACGACGCUACCCUCGACGACUGGAUCGCCAUCUUGAAGCUCGCGUACGACUGGCGAUUCGGCGAAGUAAAAAAGCUCUGCACACGCGAGAUCGAGAAGUUUAUCAUCCAGCCAGUGCCCAAAAUCGAGCUCUACCAGCAGUACGAACUCGACAAGAAGCUCCUUAUCCCCUCCUUCCUCUACCUGUGCAUGCGCGCCGAACCACUCUCUCUCAAGGAGGGUCGGCAGAUCGGUCUCGAGACUGCACUGCUCAUCGCGACCGCGCGCGAGUGUGCUCGCGGCAAGCCGGCGGGCAACGGUGCACGCAGCCCUACGGCCGCGGACCUGGAGGAGGACGAGUUGGUCUCCAUCAUCAAGGAGAUUUUUGGGCUAACCGCCGGGCCCCCUUCUCCCUCCUUGACC